AUGGCAGAAUCCCAACGGCCAAAAGUCGGCGUCGGAGUCAUCAUCCACGACAACAACGGCAACAUCAUCAUGGGCGAGCGAGCAGGCAGCCAUGGCGCAGGAACCCUCCAAUGUCCCGGCGGCCACCUCGAGCACGGCGAAUCCUUCGCUGCAACCGCCGCGCGCGAAGUCCUCGAGGAAACAGGCCUUGAGGUAGGCAACAUCAAGUUCCUGACUGCAACCAACGACGUGUUUCCCGAUGCUGAAGGAGCCAAACACUAUGUCACUGUGUUUGUCACGUGUACGAUUGUGGGGGAGGACAAGGUGGCCAAGGUAUGUUGA